AUGUUGUCGUUUUUCAAGUUCCCCCGCGAAUUACGGGACGCGAUCUACAGACAGUAUGUCACCUUCGAGGGAGGCUACGUCCUGAACCCCGAAACCAACAGAAUGAGAGGUGCUGUCAAUGACCUGCCGGUUGACCUCGCCCUCAUGUAUACGUGCAAACGCGUCGCAGAAGAAAUGAAGGGGUUGCCCUUAAAGGCAAACACGCUUACCUUCUCGACUUUCUACCCUCCAGAGCAUCGCGUGCACGCUGGGUAUUUCCACCUGGCAAUGCGGGAACUGCACGGCAAUCUCGAUGCUUUUGUUUGUCUUCUGCCACGUCGCUUCCUCCACGAGGACAUACAAGCCGAAAUUACCGACUGUUAUCCCAAAUACGAACCAGUCAUUGAAAUGAUGAGAACUAAAAGGGACGCCCACAGGGAGGUUAUACCAUCGGGACCAUUCGGCGAAACCCCAUCUACUCAUCGUAGUUUCAUUCGCUUCGUAUUGCAAACGUUGUCCUUUUACAGGUUUCGUUUCAAUGACGAGUUCGGCAGGUUAUGUGAUAAUGCUGGACAGUCUCCCAUGGACAUCGCACGCCUCAUAGAUUACAGCCCUGCGCCAUGGGCUAUUCCUACCCAACAGGAGGUCGAGGAGAUGCUGUGGCUUCUCUAUGGGACACACACCUUCGAGGAGGACGCUAGCUACGGGCUUUGGGAUAACGACAGCAACCCCGGACUUUCUAAAUUUCGCUACUCGGCCGUCGCCGUAGCCAUUCGGUUCUUGGAAUCAGUCACACCAGCGCAUCGUGCGCAAAUCAGGCAUAUCAAGCUCAUGGAAGACCGUGAGUCCGUGUCGAAUCCCGAGUGUCACGCAUUGGGUUUGAUUCCCUUCUGCCGAGAAAAUCCACUCCUACGGGUCGAGAGACACAUAAGCCUGUGGAGGAAUGUUUUUCUACACCAUACUGCGUACAAGACGUUCUUCGAUCGGCUACGGUUCGAGGCAAGUCUGGAAGCAAACGAAAUAUCGGGAGCAGUCGCCCUGUGGAUCAUGGAAGCCUUGGCUCUCGGCCCCGCUGGCAUGCCCUCCGGAUCUUUCACGUUAGUUCUGGAUGGGGAUGGGGAUACUCGAUGCUCGGAGAUCUUCCAGACGGUCGUUCUACGGGAUGCAGCGUGGCAAGAGGCGAUGGACGAGUGUUACUCGCGCGGUAUCCUUCCGCCUCAGCCAUGGGCAAAGAGGAGACAGAACCCGCGAAGUCGCGGGGACGGACCCGGCGGCGUGGCCUACGAAAAGGCUGCCAACCACAGUUACUUGUAUGAGGGGUUCCCACAAGCGAUACGAGACAUCGUCAACGGGACAUCCGUUGUCCGCUGUAACUUUGAUCCUGGCGAGUACGAGGAUGUGGAGCAGCUCAUCGAGACGAGGAAGACAUGGACUUUGGCGGAGUGGAAAGGGAAAUGGUACGAGCGCGUCACAAAGAGCUUCGAGCCUAGCCCGCCGCUACCAUCGUGGAAAGAUAUCUUGCGAGAAUUUCUCUUAGAGUGA